AUGGGGAUCCAUCAGAUUUUAGAAAUAGAUCCGGAUUACUGUUCUAUUUCAGGUCCUUCGACCAUGUUUUACUACUUCGAGUGCUGCUCGGGUGAAUGUUGUAUCCGCAUUCAACCGAUUCCUUCAUUCCUCUUAACGGCAUUAGCCAUUUUUCUCGCUUUUGUUUGUUGUUUGUCGUGUUGUUGUUAUUGCUGUUGUAGAAAUUGA